UAGAUUGUACGAUUAAAUCGAGACUAAUAACUUCACUAAUUAUGUUGAUUUAGACAAUAAUCUUGCAUUUUCGAUAUGUAAAGUACUAGACUAUGUUCUAUUCUAUGUAGACUAUGUACAUUGGCAUGCUUUGAACAUGCCCUUUUAUGCAUGAUGCUGAACCACGUAAACAAACACAUGCUCAUACUUUGACCUAUUUAGAUUGAUUGCCGUUUCAUCUAAAUAAGAUCGUCUUCUAAUUAUAUUAAAAAUAUUAAACCGAGUUGUUUACCAGUUAUUGUGUAGAUUACAUGCCGGAUUUAUUUGUUAAAGAUCUAAAGUUUAUUUGAACCCCAUGGCAUCAGACGAAAUCGAGGGCAUCUGCUCUCUGCCAGAGAUGACAUCAAUAAAAGUAGAACCUUCAGUAAACAUUGGCACGGCAGAGGAUGCGAGCUCCCAAAAUGUGGCCAUGGGUCCCAAAUUCAUCUUGCCCAACCGCUUUGACAUGAACGUGUGCUCCCGAUUUGUAAAGUCCCUGAACGAAGAAGACAGCAAGAACAUCCAGGACCAAGUGAAUUCUGACCUGGAGGUAGCCUCGGUUUUAUUUAAAGCGGAAUGCAACAUCCAGACCUCUCCAUCUCCUGGGAUCCAGGUUAGGCACGUAUACACGCCAUCCACCACAAAGCACUUCUCACCGAUAAAACAGUCAACCACCCUUACCAACAAGCACCGUGGAAACGAAGUGUCAUCAACUCCACUGCUUGUACAUUCUUUAUCUAUUCACCAGCUUGCGGCACAAGGAGAAAUGAUGUUUUUGGCUAGUCGAAUAGAGCAAGAAGCAGUUAUUAAUCUGCAGGAUGAAGAGGGGUUCACACCGCUAAUGUGGGCUGCAGCUCAUGGUCAGAUUGCUGUGGUGGAGUUCUUGCUUCAAAGUGGUGCAGAUCCUCACAUUUUAGCUAAAGGAAGAGAAAGCGCAUUGUCACUGGCCUGCAGUAAAGGCUACACAGACAUUGUCAAAAUGCUUAUUGACUGUGGAGUGGAUGUCAAUGAAUAUGACUGGAAUGGAGGCGCCCCAAUACUUUACGCAGUGCAUGGAAAUCAUGUUCGUUGUGUGGAACUACUAUUAGAGAACGGUGCUGACCCAACCAUGGAGUCUGACUCAGGCUUUAAUGCUAUGGACAUGGCUGUGGCAAUGGGGCAUAGGCAUGUUCAACAGGUGAUGGAAGCACAUCUACUGAAGCUGCUUCAAGGAAUCAAAGAGUAACUUAUUAAUAGAAGUGAAAACAAACAAAAGACAAGAUUUAUUACCCCUGUGGAAAUAAUCUUCCUCAAUGUGGACAAUUCAUUGUUUUGCAUGUUUACAUUAGUUCGAUGGUACUGAAGCUAGAUUCAUCUGUAAUUAGAAAUGAGAGUUUGUGUUAUUUAAGUAAAUUGUGAAUAUUUAUAUAAAGACUGAGUGUUGUGAUGUUGUGUUGAUGGUAUGUGUACUCCAUCAAUGUUUUGUAAAAAAUAACUUUUACAAUUAAAUUAGAACAUGACUGUGCUUUCAUUUCUUUUUGGGAAUCAAAGCACACAUUUAUAAUUUAACUAAGCCAUAUGUAUAAUUAAUAAAAUAGGGUACUACCUACAACGCCAAAUUAGAAAAAGUUGGGACAGUAUCAAAAUGUAAAAGAUUGCAGCGUUUUAGACUUACUUUUACUAAUUUAAUUGCAGACAGGAUGAACCCAAGAUAUUUCAUGUUUUAUCAGGUCGACU